AUGUUGUUGUUCUUGUUGUUGACGCUGCUGUGUUUGAACCUCUUGAAUGCUUUGACUCUCUGUGUGUGUGUGUGUGUGUGUGUGUGUGUGUGUGUGUGUGUGUGUGUGUGUGUGUGUGUGUGUGUGUGUGUGUGUGUGUGUGCGUGUGCGUGUGGCGUGCAUGCGUGUCUCUGUCUCAGGCCCUGGACAAGGACACAGGGAAUUACAGCUCCAUGCAGUACAGGCUCGUUAUCCCCCCCACCACCAAUGGCAAGGACGGCUUUGUCAUCGAGCCCUACACCGGUGUCAUCAAGACUGCCAUUAUGUACAGGAACAUGCGCCGGUCUUACUUCAAGUUCGAAGUGGUCGCCACUGACAAUUACGGCGAGGGGGGACUGAGUAGCAAGGCAGAGGUGGUGGUGAGUGUUUUUCCUGUUCCCAUAGAAUUGAAUGGAGAUGCCCAUUUUAGUAACUAUAGUUCUAUGGCUGUGCACUUUCCUCCGUGAAAAGCCAUUGGUCUGGUCUCUGAGUCUUUGUUCAUUGCUCAGUUCAAGUUCCAUCAGUCCCGCCUAGUUUUUCAUACUCCAUGCCAGCUAUGAACAAUUCUAGCUUGUGGACCUUUAAGUGUGUGUCAAUACCUUCACUACCCAUGUUUACACUGGCACUACAUACCUCUCCUCUCCUCCCAAAAUACACAUUCAAAGCUUCACAUAGGAAUUGCAUUUGUAGAAAGACACAGUAGCGAUACUCCAGCUAAUCAGCGAUCUGUGUCCGGUGCCAGCCUUGUGGUAGGUAGGCUAGCUAUCCCUGAGAGAGUAGAUGAAUGUGUGUUCCUUCCGUGCUGGCCGCUUCCCAGCUUGUUGCAAAUUGAACUGUCCCAGGGCAUAUGGGGAUCAUUGAUUAUACAUUACAGCCCUGUCCUGCCCAUUCUUCUCUUGGCCAAUGAAACAAGGGGCUGGCUGGGCCAGAGCCCUGCCUGAACGAGAGGAGCCACACUGUGGCUAAAUUAAUCGAAUUCUAACGGGAAGCUUCGUUUCAUGGGGACUGCAUAAAGGAACCUUCCCGCCAAACUACAGGGAGAGGUCCUGUCUGGUUUAGCCUGCUGUCCAAAAUUAAUGUUAGGGAGGGGAUGGAAAAGUAGAUGCUGGUUUUGUGUCUGUCACGUUGAUGAUUUGAUUGAAUUCUGUUUCCCAGGUAUCCGUGGUGAAUCUGUUGGAUAUGCAGGUGGUGGUCUCCAAUGUUGCUCCUACAGUGGUGGAACAGAACAAGGAUAAGCUCCUCGGGUAAUGUAGAAGAUAUCUAAUCUAUUAUAAUUCAAUUAAGAAGGAUAUCGCAUCCGUCUUUUAACAUUCAAGUCGUGACUGAACUUGAUAUGCAAGUGACUCACUUUAGCAACAUUUACAAUUGGCCCUUUCCCAGGCGUGCAGGUGUUUGAGGGGGCUGCAUGAUUCAGAGUUGAUUUGAUCGUCGCCUUCUACCGAGAUGAAAAUGUGUCCCGCUGUUUGAUGGCUGCUCAAAUUAAAGUGUCAGGCGACGCGAGCCUUCCUUCAGUCUUCAUUCGAGCCUCUCCCCACCUGCCUCUUCAGUUCUAUCGGAGCUCUGUCAUACACUUCACACAGCCACUCCCCAAUGGUUCCCUCCUUGUCUUGAGCUUACUGCUUAGCUAUUGGCAUUGUGAACAUCAGUAGAAGUCUAACUUCUCUCUGAAGCUAAAUUGCAAAAGAGGAAAAGUGCCAGUGGCUCCUUAGCUGUCUCCUGUUCCUCUGGGGGUGGGGUGUUAGUCUGCACGUGUGAAUUCCAGCAUAUCUGUGUGAGCUCGCGUGUAUUGGCUGUACUGCUACUGUACACCUGUCCAUCACCCAACGUAUCCUCCUACUGACACAGUCAACCAGUAUCAGUCCUCCUGAUGGACUUUCUCUGACUGGGCCUCCACUUUCGCUCCCAGAGCUACGGCCCCAGCUGUGGAGCCACCUAGUUUAUCAGUGUUGUCCCCCUACCAAGGGGAGACACAUCCACCUGGUCUCAGUUCUGUCAUCCUCUUUGGCAUUUCCCAGGGGAGAGGGAACAUCCAGGGCUCAGCAGGUAAUUGGCUCAACACCUACCUUGCUUUCCCUCUGAGCUCAGAGGGAUAAAUAUUUUGUCUUGCCCAUUCACCCUCUGAAUGGCACACACUCAAUCCAUGUCUCAAUUGUCUCGAGGAUUAAAAAUCCUUCUUUAACCUGUCUCAUCCCCUUCAUCUACACUGAUUUGAAGUGGAUUUACUAAGUGACAUCAAUAAGGGAUCAUAGCUUUCACCUGGAUUCACCUGGUCAGUCUAUCUCAUGGAAAGAGCAUGAUGUUUUGUACACUCAGUGUAAAUCACCAUUGAACAUUUUCCCAGAGAUCCUGCUGUCACCUUGUUCUUAUACAAAGCACCUGAUGAUUGCUUCCUCUCCCUCUGCAGGGUCCUGGAGCGCUAUGUGCAGGACCAGAUUCCAGGGGCCAAAGUGGUGGUGGAGUCCAUCGGACCGCGGCGGUUCGGUGACGGCUUCGAGCAAGAGGACUACUCCAAGUCGGACCUGAUGGUGUACGCUAUCGACCCUCUGACCAACAGGGCCAUUUCACGCCAAGAGCUGUUCAAGUGAGUAGCCUGUCACUACGGUGGCCCUGAGUUUAUAACUAAAGUGAUUGCCCCCCUUAGGGCCACCCUCUGCAGUAUCCAGAUACGCCAUCCCUGUGGAGCAGGUGUUUACCCAGUGACAGACAGAGGGGGGAAGUCACUACUCACCAGAGUUGUUUUGUUCCCUGUCACCCUGCAGUCAGGCCCUCAUUAGAGAGCCAACCACAUGCCCUAGUACGACAGCAGCCCCGGUUCUGCCAUUCAACUGGCUGACAACCGGCUAACCCACCACUCUGUACUGCUCCCUACCCACUCUCCACAUCUAACCGCCCUCUGCCUCUUUCAGCUCCACAGCGUGACAAAUGGACCUAGUGAACAAUGGCAACAUAAUUGUGUAGCAGUGUGUCCCCACACCUAUCAUUUAUGCCUCCGGCCAUUACAGGGAGUAGAGUGUUGCUCUCUGUGUUCCAUUGUUCGUACUUAGAUUUAACUGAUAGAUAUCAUACUGAUUUUCUCAUGCACAUAAUUGGUAUAUGACUGGAUACAUUCGUUUUUUCCUGACCACUUAACUAUAACUAAGUCCUGGUCAGGUCAGGUGAGGUGAUCAGGAAAAACUCCAGGCCCUCUGACUGAUGGGGAUGCUGAUGAUGAUGAUUGUAAUGAUGUGAUAGUGAUGAUGAUGACUAUGUGUGGGUGUGUGGGUGUGUAACUAUACUACAUGUAAUCUGUGUGUUUCCAUCCGAGGUUUCUGGAUGGGAAGCUGCUGGACAUCAACAAGGAGUUUCAGCCGUACCUGGGCCGAGGCGGGAGGAUCCUGGAGAUACGCUCCCCUGACGUGGUGACCAGCGUGAAGAAGGCCGUGCAGACCGUGGGCUACACCGAGGGGGCGCUGCUCGCCCUAGCCGUCAUCAUCAUCCUCUGCUGCAUCCCCGCCAUCCUCAUCGUCAUCAUCACCUACAGGCAGUGAGUAGAAAGAACAGUUAGUUCAAAGUUCAAAUGCUUUAUUGGAAGUACAUUAUGUGUCAAAUGGGAAUGUGAGGAUGAAUAGCCCACAAGGCACAAGUACUGGUGCAGACAGACACAGUGGUGCAGACAGACACAGUGGUGCAGACAGACACGGUUGUGCAGACAGACACGGUGGUGCAGACAGACACGAUGGUGCAGACAGACACGGUGGUGCAGACAGACACAGUUGUUUAGACAGCACUUUACCUGCUUUCCAGCCCUCAGAGGCUGUCCCUAAUGCCCAUCAUUUUAGAAGGAAGCAAGCUUUCUCUCCGCAAUUCACCAUGGAAACUCCUUUGAGCGCCGGCAUAAUCGUCUAUUUAUACAGCGUGAAAGCACAUUAAUUAAUGUCAGAGCAGAUAAACACUGCAGACUGAUUGUUGUGGUUUGGGGUAGAUUUUCUCCCUCUGCUCUGAGCCUGCGAACCAAACCGAGCAGCAUAUGGCUAGACUGAGAGCCGUCACGAUUUCAAGACUGACAGCGUCACCAUUUCAGGGCUAGACUGACAGCCGUCACCAUUUCAGGGCUUGACUGACAGCCGUCACGAUUUCAGGGCUUGACUGACAGCCAUCACGAUUUCAGGGCUAGACUGACAGCCAUCACGAUUUCAGGGCUAGACUGACAGCCGUCACGAUUUCAGGGCUUGACUGACAGCCGUCACGACUUCAGGGCUAGACUGACAGCCGUCACGAUUUCAGGGCUAGAUAUUAAACAGAUGAGAAAAGAAUCCUCUGUGUCAUCUUCAUCAGUGUCUCAGCUUCAGGAAAGUGGCUUAGCCUACAGAUAAUUAUUUCACUCUCUUUCUUUUUGUAUUAAGACAAUGAUUAUAAGAAGCAUUGUGUCUGUAAUUUGCCCUCGCUAAUACUGACACCCUUCUUUCUUCUUUUUCUUUCUUUCUUCUUUUUCUUUCUUUCUUUCUUUCUUUCUUUCUUUCUUUCUUUCUUUCUUUCUUUCUUUCUUUCUUUCUUUCUUUCUUUCUUUCUUUCUUUCUUUCUUUCUUUCUUUCUUUCUUUCUUUCUUUCCUUUCUUUCCUUUCUUCCAUUGUCAACAGAUUCAAAGAGUGAGUAUUAAAAUCAUCAAAUCACAUUUUAUUGGUCGCUUACACAUACAGUGGGGAAAAAAAGUAUUUAGUCAGCCACCAAUUGUGUAAGUUCUCCCACUUAAAAAGAUGAGAGAGGCCUGUAAUUUUCAUCAUAGGUACACAUCAACUAUGACAGACAAAAUGAGAAAAAAAAAUCCAGAAAAUCACAUUGUAGGAUUUUUUAUGAAUUUAUUUGCAAAUUAUGGUGGAAAAUAAGUAUUUGGUCAAUAACAAAAGUUUCUCAAUACUUUGUUAUAUACCCUUUGUUGGCAAUGACACAGGUCAAACGUUUUUUGUAAGUCUUCACAAGGUUUUCACACACUGUUGCUGGUAUUUUGGCCCAUUCCUCCAUGCAGAUCUCCUCUAGAGCAGUGAUGUUUUGGGGCUGUCGCUGGGCAACACGGACUUUCAACUCCCUCCAAAGAUUUUCUAUGGGGUUGAGAUCUGGAGACUGGCUAGGCCACUCCAGGACCUUGAAAUGCUUCUUACGAAGCCACUCCUUCGUUGCCCGGGCGGUGUGUUUGGGAUCAUUGUCAUGCUGUAAGACCCAGCCACGUUUCAUCUUCAAUGCCCUUGCUGAUGGAAGUAGGUUUUUACUCAAAAUCUCACGAUACAUGGCCCCAUUCAUUCUUUCCUUUACACAGAUCAGUCGUCCUGGUCCCUUUGCAGAAAAACAGCCCCAAAGCAUGAUGUUUCCACCCCCAUGCUUCACAGUAGGUAUGGUGUUCUUUGGAUGCAACUCAGCAUUCUUUGUCCUCCAAACACGACGAGUUGAGUUUUUACCAAAACGUUAUAUUUUGGUUUCAUCUGACCAUAUGACAUUCUCCCAAUCCUCUUCUGGAUCAUCCAAAUGCACUCUAGCAAACUUCAGACGGGCCUGGACAUGAACAGGCUUAAGCAGGGGGACACAUCUGGCACUGCAGGAUUUGAGUCCCUGGCAGCGUAGUGUGUUACUGAUGGUAGGCUUUGUUACUUUGGUCCCAGCUCUCUGCAGGUCAUUCACUAGGUCCCCCCGUGUGGUUCUGGGAUUUUUGAGUGAGAUCUUGCAUGGAGCCCCAGAUCAAGGGAGAAUAUCAGUGGUCUUGUAUGUCUUCCAUUUCCUAAUAAUUGCUCCCACAGUUGAUUUCUUCAAACCAAGCUGCUUACCUAUUGCAGAUUCAGUCUUCCCAGCCUGGUGCAGGUCUACAAUUUUGUUUCUGGUGUACUUUGACAGCUCUUUGGUCUUGGCCAUAGUGGAGUUUGGAGUGUGACUGUUUGAGGUUGUGGACAAAUGUAUUUUAUACUGAUAACAAGUUCAAACAGGUGCCAUUAAUACAGGUAACGAGUGGAGGACAGAGGAGCCUCUUAAAGAAGAAGUUGCAGGUCUGUGAAAGCCAGAAAUCUUGCUUGUUUGUAGGUGACCAAAUACUUAUUUUCCACCAUAAUUUGCAAAUAAAUUCAUAAAAAAUCCUACAAUGUGAUCUUCUGGAAAGAAAAUUCUCAUUUUGUCUGUCAUAGUUGAUGUGUACCUAUGAUGAAAAUUACAGGCCUCUCUCAUCUUUUUAAGUGGGAGAACUUGCACAAUUGGUGGCUGACUAAAUACUUUUUCCCCCACUGUAUUUAGCAGAUGUUAUCGUGGGUGUAGCGAAAUGCUUAUGUUCCUAGCUCCAACAGUGCAGUAAUACCUGACAAUACAAAACAAUACAUGCAAAUCACAAAUAUAGAAAUAUUAGAACGAGCAAUAUAACUAAAGCAAUAUAAGAAAUAUAUAAAUAUUAGAGUGAGCAAUGUCAGAGUCCGGAAUAUAAAUACGAAAGCCACUGUAUUGUUGCCUUACAACCUGGAAUUAAAAUGGAUUUUUUGGGGGUUUGUAUCAUUUGAUUUACACAACAUGCCUACCACUUUGAAGAUGCCAAAAAAAUUUUUUGUGAAACAAACAAGAAAUAAGACAAAAAAACUGAAAAAUUGAGCGUGCAUAACUAUUCAUAUACAUAUGCACAUGCACGUACCACUUUUCCGUUAUUUAUUUUUUAGAAUUUUUUGAAACAAGUUAUUUUUUUCAUUUCACUUCACCAAUUAGGACAAUUUUGUGUAUGUCCAUUACAUGAAAUCCAAAUAAAAAUCCAUUAAUAUAUAUACAGUGCCAGUCAAAAGUUUGGACACACCUACGUUGUAGAAUAAUAGUGAAGACAUCAAAACUAUGAAAUAACACAUAUGGAAUCAAGAGUGUGCAAAGCUGUCAUCAAGGCAAAGGGUGGUUAUUUGAAGAAUCUCAAAUAUAAAAUAUAUUUUGAUUUGUUUAACACUUUUUUUUGUUACUACAUCAUUCCAUAUGUUUUAUUUCAUAGUUUUGAUGUCUUCACUAUUAUUCUACAAUGUAAAAAAUAGUUAAUAUAAAGAAAAACCCUUGAAUGAGUAGGAGUGUCCAAACUUUUGACUGGUAGUGUAUCUAUAUAUGAUGUUGUGUAUAGAUAUUAUGGGAAGUAUAUGAAUAGAAAAGGUGUGUACAGCAGUAGUUAUAUAGCAUAGGCCUUGACUAGAACAGGGGUUCCAAAACUCUUUGACUCAGGCCCCCCUUCCAGCAUUGGGGAACAUCCCACACCCCCCCUGUGCGUGCGCAAGCACUGUUCAUGAAACAAACGGUUCACUCCCCUCUUGUUGGCGGAGAGAAAAUGUUGCAGGUUUAAAGCUUAUUUCCUGCAAUUCUACACAUUUUGUCAUGGUUUGCAGAGAAAAUUAUGAUUUUUGUGCAAUUCCAAGACAUUUUGCCAUGCCUAAUGUGUAUUUUUGUGAUGGUUGAGUGACUCGAACAUGUUUUCAAAGCCAAUGAUUGGGAUCAGGGAAGUGUGCAUAACCUGUUUUUAUACACUGCAGUCAGAGGCAAUAAAUAAGAAAUGUGCAGGCAAAAAUUGGUUUCUUUGAGUAUAUUGUGGUGCCACUGUGUACCAAGAUAUUUAUUUAUGUGUGCAUUUAUAAUGUAGCAGAAUAUGCUGAUGCUGUAACUUAACGUAACUUGGUUGAAUUUCUCUCCAUGGUACUACUAAAGGAGACAGGCGGAGUGUGCUAAAACUGCUCAGAUCCAAAUGGCCCUCCUUACUGGCAAAUCAGCGGUCGCUGCCACUAACAACCUGUACGAAGAGCUGGGGGACAGCACCAUGUAAGCUUUAUAAUAUAUAUCAUCUUAUCCCAUUAUGUGGGUUCUUGCAGAUUCUCUGUUUAAUUUAGAAUUGGACCAAUUUUCCUGGGCGUGAUUGGGUUCCCUGAUCAAACAUACGCUACUGUAGACAUUGUUUUAAGUUUAUCUGUGAGGUUAAAGACAUGCUGUGUUUCAGUGUAAUUCUUCACGGGGGCAACUGGGCAAAGCUGUUAUCACCGUUCCAUGGCUCAGCAGUUUCCUGCCUUCCAGAUACGCUCGCUUCCAUUAACUAUUAACAUAAUAUAAUUUCAUAUGCAAGGAAAAUACAAUCUGGAAUAUGAAAUGUUUUUUUUUUUUUUUACUGUUCAAGAUGGAGUACGAUUGACUUCAAACCAGACCGGCCAGCUCUCUGAAAAAUAGGGGGAAAUUAAGGUCAAUUUAAGAUAAUUUAAAUACUUAUUCAUAAGUGCCGUGGUGAAACAUAAUUGAUUUUAUCGAUAAGGUUGUUGAGUGGCUCAGCCACAAUGUGGCUGCAGUCAUUGUAGGCAGAUAUCGAGCAGUACAGGGUUUGGCUUCAUGUGCUGCUGCAAAGCCAUAAGCCAUUGGUCCUGAUCACAUGGAGCACAGGCUGGAGUCUAGAGUUACUUUAGAUUAACUGGUUAACUGCUCUGCUAAUCAAGUAGCCCUCAGUGCUCACUUGUAGCUUCCUCCUUAUCUGAUCAAAAACAAUGCAAUGGCAGAGUGAAUCGUUUUUUAAAUGGUCAGCCAUCAACCAGGCGGUUGACAUUCAGAGAAUGAAAUCUGCUAUUACCGGCAGUAAAGCCUGUAGCAUUUCUGUGAUUCAUCCUGCUUUUCCUGCUAUACUCAUCUAUCUUAUUGCCUACUUUCCCUUCCUUGGCCUCCAGAGUGAAGUGAGUACUUGUGUUGUAUCGCUAGGUUGUAACUGUGGAGUCAAAUCUGUGAGCUGUGAAAGUUGUGCAGUUGCUCAUUAGAGUUUUUGUUUAGUCUCUGCUUCUUGUCUGUUGUUGGCUAUUAUUCAAGUAGGAGGCCCUUUUAUUGUAUGUAGAUCAGUGGAGGCUGGUGAGAGGAGCUAUAGGAGGAAGGGCUCCUUGUAAUGGCUGGAAUGGAAUAAAUGGAACGGUAUCAAACACAUCAUACAUAUGGAAACCACAUGUUUGACUCCGUUCCAUUUAUUCCAUUCCAGCCAUUACAAUGAGCCUGUUCUCCUACAGCUCCUCCCACCAUUUUCCCAGGGUGAACUAUUCCCUGUGUUUUGAUCUCUUCAGUUACUGUCCAAAACAUACAGGUAACUGCCAAAAUAAAGGAAACUCUUCAGUAAAUUAUGGAUACAAAGUAUAUUGAAAGCAGGUGCUUCCACACAGGUGUGGUUCCUGAGUUAAUUAAGGAAUUAACAUCCCAUCAUGCUUAGGGUCAUGUAUAAAAAUACCCAGUUGCCCAUUAUUUUGGCUACCAUGGCUAGAAGAAGAGAUCUCAGUGACUUUGAAAGAGGGGUCUCAAAGGAGCAUAGUGGGUUUAAAGGGUGUGUGUGUGUGUGUGUGUGUGUGUGUGUGUGCGUGUGUGUGUGUGUGUGUGUGUGUGUGUGUGUGUGUGUGUGUGUGUGUGUGUGUGUGUGUGUGUGUGUGUCUCAGUGUCUCAGUCACCACAUCUCAACCCAAUUGAACACUUAUGGGAGAUUCUGGAGCAGUGCCUGAGACAGCGUUUUCCAUCACCAUCAACAAAACACCAAAUGAUGGAAUUUAUUGUUGAAGAAUGGUGGCCCAACGCCCUAUUAACACACUUUUUGUUGGUGUUUCCUUUAUUUUGGCAGUUACAUGUAGAUCGUGUCAGUCUGGCAGUUGCAGUCUCACUUUGCUUUGUAACUUUUUAGUAGAGGAGAUAGGUCGCUAAGCUUAUUUGUUGGCAGUAAGGUGUAAAUGGUAGCCUCAGAUAAACAACCUUUUUCUUUGGGAAUGAUCCCUUAUUCUGACUGUCUCAUUACACCUUUUCUCUCUCUAUUAUUUCAAGUAUUUUUCUCCUCUGCCAUCUCCAUGAAAGCAGGAGCAAGCACUGUCUGCUAGAGGAGGGUAACCGCCAGAGGCUCAUAAGCACAUUUGCCAGACGGGCCAUCGCUGCACACAAGCAUUCCAGUGCCAAUGUGAUCCUCCUCAACAAUAUGCCCAAAUCCGAGAGUAACAUUACGUUAUUCUCGGACGAGAACCCCCUAACCACCAAGAACCCCCUGUUUGACGAAGGCACGGGCACGCUCAGCAGCCCAGAGAUCCUGGGGCAGCACCAGAGGACGAUGGACCUCCUGGGGACCUAUUCCCCCCCGCGGGCCCCUGCGGUCCUCAGAGAGGGCCCCUUCUUGAGUUUCAACUCCGGGGGCUCGGGCCACUCCUGGACACUACCCUCCAGGCUCCACAGGAAAGAGAUGUGUGAUGCUCUGAGUAGACAGGUAGACCCGGUGCAGUGGGAGCUGGAGCUACUGAAGACUGAGCUGAAGGACAGUAAGGACAUGCUGGACGGCCUGGACUGGGGGUACCUGGAGAGCAGCACCUACGUGGAGCCCAAGCCCCUGUCGGUGAAGGAGCAGGCCAGGCAGUUUGAGCAGCAGGCCAAGAGGGAGAUGAAGCAGAGGCAGAGCCGUGACUCCCAGGGGUCUCUCUCUGCUGACUUCCUGGUGGGAUUGGGGUUCGACAGCCCCCAGCACCGGGCCAGAGAGGACCGGCAGUCUCUGGACUCCAUCCUGGGUAGAGGCAGAGAGGACCGCCAGUCUCUGGGUUCCAUCCUGGGUAGAGAAAGCCCCCUGCACCACCGCCAGUCUCUCGGCUCCAUCCUGGGUAGAGGCAGAGAGGACCACCAGUCUCUCGGCUCCAUCCUGGGUAGAGAAAGAGAGAGCCCACCAUGCAUCAUUAUCACCCAGAGCGAUGGUAGUCCACCCCCCAGACACAAGCCCACUCCGCCCGUUCCGCGCAGGUUCAGCUCCAGCUUCUCCAACUACAACUCAGCCUCCACCGAACCCUACGAGGUCAACCUGGAGGUCAUCCCCGAACCCCCAGAUGUGCCCCCCCCUCCUCCUCCCCAGCCCAGCUCCCCUCCCCUGCUGCCCUCCACCACUCCCCCCUCUAUGCCUCCUCCUCCCAAUUCCCCCUCCCCCCUUAACUACGGCAAAAACCCUGUCCCACCUCCUCCUCCACCUCUCCCUCCUCCCAUGUCCCCUUCCCUCAAUCGUCCAUCUACGUUUGUGCUUCCCCCCCCUUCCCGCUGUGACCACCCUGAGGCCUGUGUCCCUGCGCCCUCCCCCGCCGCCCCUCCCCAUCGACCCCGAGCCCCCCAGGAAGGAGCUGAAGGGGAUCCUGAAGAACGUACAGAACAUCACCGACAUAGAGAAAUCUGUUGCCAACAUGUGGAUUCAAAUAGACAAGAAACAGAUGCUUCCACAGGGCGUCCUGAAGCCACGAUGGUCUGUCGAUUCUGUGGACUCUUUAUAUGGUGAACUAGACACUGCAGAGACCGUAGCCCCCACCACAGCAGAGGUACAGGCUGAGGCUCUGGUUGGAGAACAGUCGGAACAGGUGCACGUCCAGCCAAACAUGAAAAUGAACUCCAUAGUGGAAGAGCUGGAGAAACGCUUCCCCUCUCAGUCCACUGCAAUGUGA